AUGUGGCUCGCAACUCUAUUUAACAAGAUCGUUGCAGAAGGACGGACUCCAGACGUUUGGCAAACUUCCGUGACCGUGCCUGUCUGGAAAGGGAAAGGAGACAUUGCUGACUGCACCUCGUACAGGCCUAUACGACUGCUCUGCCAUACGAUGAAGGUUUUUGAGCGUGUCCUGGAAGCUCGUCUGAGGAAAAUUGUUAGCGUUUCACUCAACCAGUGCGGUUUUGUGAAGGACUGCAGCACUGUAGAUGCUAUCCAUGCUGUCCUAAUCCUUCUGGAGAAACAUCGAGAGAAGAACCGCAGUGUGCAUCUUGCUUUUCUCGAUCUCGAGAAAGCUUUCGACCGUGUCCCACAUGAGCUGUUAUGGAUGUCCAUGAGGUCGCAUAGAGUACCAGAAGAAUAUGUGCGGUGGACGAAGCUGCUUUAUGCGAAGCCUACCAGCGUUGUACGAUGUGCUGUUGGAACAAGCAGGCCAUUCCCUGUACGAGUAGGGGUUCAUCAGGGUUCAUCCCUCUCACCUCUGCUGUUCAUACUGUGCAUGGACACGAUAACGAAGGAAAUCCAGAAGCAGCAUCCGUGGACUCUACUCUUUGCCGACGAUGUCAUGCUCGCGUCGGAGUCUCGAGAUGAUCUUCAGAAACAAGUGCAGUCUUGGAAGGAUCAGCUGCAGCAAUAUGGAUUGCGCCUCAACACAUCAAAAACUGAGUACAUGGAGUGCGGACCCAGGAUAGAGGAUGGUUCAAUUCGUGUUGAUGGCACCGAAUUAAACAAGGUGAACUGCUUCAAGUACCUUGGAUCCAAAGUGACUUCCACAGGCGACAUUGAUCAAGAGGGUCGAGCACGUGUUAAUGCUGCAUGGAUGAAAUGGAAAAUGGCAACAGGGGUACUAUGCGACAAGAAAGUCCCUGUUCGACUGAAGUCGAAGAUCUACAGGACGGUUGUGCGUCCUGUUGCCCUUUACGGAUGCGAGUGCUGGCCGACAACGAAAGCCUUGGAAAGAGUGCUGCACGCUAUGGAGAUGCGGAUGUUGAGGUGGACGAUAGGUGUAACGCUAAAAGAGAAAGUAUCCAACGACACUGUGCGCUCCAUCUUCGGUGUCGUCCCGAUAACUGAGAAGAUGAAGGAGGCGCGACUGAGAUGGUUUGGUCACGUAUUGCGGCGGGAGGAAGAUUCUGUUGCCAAAACCGCUCUGAAGCUCGACGUUUCAGGAGUGAGGCCGCGCGGGAGGCCAAAGAUUCGCUGGUUAGACCGUGUGAAGCUGGAUAUGAUAGAUGCACGUUUGUGUACGGCUGAUGCAAUGGAUAGAACCAAAUGGAAGACAAGAAGCAGAAAAGCGGACCCUGCAACAACGCGGGACAAACGCUAG